AUGCCAUUACACUACUUUGAAACUACAUCACCUGGUGGUUGGCGAAUAAAGGACAUCUUUGAAGCUAUCCAGAAAAAGUAUCCAGAUAAAGAACGAUCCUACCACGGGCUUGCGACGAAAAAAGAGCUAGAGAACCUGAAAACUCAUCCAAAGCAGUCUUUUCGAGAACGCGCACAGAGUUUGUUGGAAGAUUUUAAGAUACCCCCAUCAGAUCAAGAAAGCAUCACAUCAUCUAUCCAGUUAGCGAAUACAAUUGUGAACAACGCCCAAACUAUAAAUCAAGCUACACACCAAACCAUCCAGCAAAACGUAUCAGAAAACUCAGUUCAUCCAAGAAAGCGUUUGCGCAGCGAGCUUGAAAAUGUACCCGUAUCCAGUAAUGAUUGCGAAGAUGAUGAUCUUGAUGACCUCUUUCCUUCUGCUACUGAUCAAGACGACAAGGACGACGACUCCAUUGACAGAUUAUUUAAUCCAAAUAAUGAUGCUGAGGCAAACGUUGAUUUCGAUAGUUUACCCACGAUGGUGAAUCCAAAAUUGAACCAAGCAGUUCGCAGCAAGCUUCAAACUAAUGCCAAGUAUGCUGUCGGUGAUACUGAAUACCAAAGUCUGUUCGCGCAAUAUAAGAAGAAAUGCCUUAGCGAUCUUUCACAACUGGACGCCAUUUAUCUCGAGCCAAAUUUCCACAAGCUUAUAGCUCUUGAAAACAUUCUGUUCUUGAGGCCUGGCUCCUACUCCACUGACAUGUUGCGCCUUUUUGGAGAAGCAAACCUGAACAAACUCUACAAACAUUUGUUGAAAACUCAUUUCUCUUUCGACACAACUAAACACACAGACCUGCUUAAUCUCAUCGAUGAUAUAUUUGAAAAGGCGUUUUUCGAUUACCAUGAAACCCAGUGGUUGAAAUACUUCCUCUACGACAUCAAUGACACAUUCCGCCUUCGCUACCCAGAGUCGAAUCCCAACGAGAGGAAGCUCGUAAAGAAGGAAGUAUUGCGACCAGAUUGUCUCGUAACCAAUAUCCCUCAGUCUCAGUAUCGUGAAAAUAUCGCCUAUGGUGAGGUGAAAUCGUCUUACUACACAUACCGCACUCGGGCUCUCAUUCUGGAUAUGUACCGAUUGGUGUAUUUCAGCAAGUCAAUGGCAGAUACUCACAAAAUCAAUGCGCCCAUCAUGCUACAAGACGUGGGAUUGAAAGUCAAUGUGUAUACGCUUGUGCUCAUAUCCCAAAAGUUCCAUGUUACUUUAUUCUUAUUCGAUUUCAUCUUGCCUCAAUGCAAAUCAGAAAUCAAAGAUCUUUUACCCAGCAUCAAAAAACUAGUCGCAAUGAAUGAAGCUUUAGUCAAAUGUAGCAACGGAGACAACAAGGCCGAUAGCGAAAUGAUAUGCCCUACCAACGAUACCCCUUUAUUCGAAAGACGAGUUGAAACCAAAAUUGCCAAUGAAGAUUCCGACAGCAUUCAUCUCUGUUGGUUUAGUUCAUUACCACAAAGACUUUUUCGAACAAUUCGAUGGCCAGGUUAG